ACCACUCCUGUGGCUCAGUCACACAGCUGCCUGGUAGGUGACUGGAGGUCUUGAUCAGUGCUCGCUGGGAAUUUGCUGUUGUGGCCCCAACCCCACCUCCCUUUCCCACCCCGCAAUGGCAGAAGAAACUCCACAGAACAGAUUAGCCGCAGCCAAGAAAAAGUUAAAAGAAUAUUGGCAGAGAAACAGCCCUGCUGUUCCAGGAGAAGCAAAGAGUAACAGGAAAACGAAUGGCAGUAACCCAGAGACAUCCACUUCUGAUGGUUGCCACUCACCUGGGGAUAGCCUGUGCCAAGAACAAGCAGUAGUCCUUGACUCAAGGUCCGUCAAUAUCAAUCGACUGAAUAACACCAUCAAAUCUUUGAAACAACAGAAGAAACAAGUGGAACAUCAGCUGGAAGAAGAAAAGAAGGCAAACAAUGAGAAACAGAAAGCCGAAAGGGAGCUAGAGGCUCAAAUCCAGAGAUUGAACAUACAGAAAAGGAAACUAACUAUAGACCUGUAUCAUACGAAACGCUCUCUCAUGUACUUUGAAGAAGAGUCAAAGGAUCUGGCUGCCCGCCUGCAACGUUCAUUGCAGCGUACGGGAGAGUUAGAGCGGGCUCUGUCUGCUGUUGCCGCCACACAGAAGAAGAAGAAGGUGGACAGGUCCUUGAACCGCAGUAAAACACUUCUCAACACACAGUUAGAGCAGUCCUUACAGGAGCGGGCACUGCUGAAAGCACACGUGACACAGAUGAAGGAGUCACUUAAACAAGUCCAGCUAGAGAGAGAUGAAUAUGCUGAACAUAUAAAAGGAGGGAGGGCCCAGUGGCAGGAGAAGAUGAGGAAAAUGUCACAGGAGGUUUGCACCUUGAAGGAGGAGAAGCAGCAUGAUAUGCAUCGGGUGGAGGAGCUGGAGAGGAGCUUGUCCCAACUCAAAAACCAGAGGUCUGAACCUCUGCACCUGGAGCCCCCAGCAGUGCCCUCUGAGGUGGAGCUGCAGCACCUGAGGAAGGAACUAGAGAGAGUGUCAGCAGAGCUCCAGGCCCAGGUGGAAAACCAUCAGCACUUAAGUCUCCUGAACCAGGCACAAAAGGAGAGGCUUCAGAGGCAGGAGGAGAGGCUUCAGGAGCAGCAAGAGAGGCUUCGAAAGCAGGAGGAGAGAAUUCAGCAGCUGGCCGAGCCACAGAGCGGCGUUGAGGAGCUGAACAACGAGAACAAGAGCGCACUGCACUUGGAGCAGCAAGUCGAAGAGCUGCAGGAGAAGCUGGUUGAGGUGGAGACAGUAACCUCAACCCAGAAGGAGCCAGAGGCAGCGGUCCCAGCCCCAGGGACUGGGGGCGAGUCUGUGAGUGAGGAGACCCCCUGGGCCCUGCAGGAAGUCAUGGAGAAGCUGGAGAGCGGCCUUAUGGAUCUCCUGGAGGAGAAGGCGGACCUGAGGGAGCGUGUGGAGAAACUAGAACUGCGAUUCGUCCAGUACUGGAGGGAGAGAGGCCCAUCAGUGACCCUGUCCUCGCGCAGGAAAAUUAAUCACCUUAUAACGGAGCCAGAGGGCAGUGCCAAAGAGGCGGCACUGGGAGGAGGACAUCAUCAGGCUGGCCCAAGACGACGAGAUAAAGCUGCAGGAGCUGCAGGAGCUGCAGGGGAUGCUGCUGCAUCUUGUGCUCACCGCAACAAAGGGCACAGCAAAUUCCUGGCCGCUGCCCAGAACCCUGCUAAUGAGCCCGGUCCAGAAGCCCCACCCCCCCAGGAGCUUGGGGCUGCUGACCAGCAUGGUGAUCUUUAUGAGGUGAGCCUCACCGACAGCGCCCAGCCUGCGCAAGGAGAGGCCAGGAAGGGGUCUCCCCAGGACAACCGUACUGCACAGCCCAUCAUGCAGGACCACCAGGAGCACCCAGGCUUGGGCAGCAACUGCUCUGUGCCAUUCUUUUGCUGGGCUUGGCUGCGGAGAAGAAGGAGAUAAAUAUCACCAUCAUCAAAGAGCUGGUCAAGGAAUUUUUUAAAAAGAAACAAAGUUAUAGGGUUAAUCUCCUACACAAUUCAUUUACUUCAUUCGAAUAUUAGAGCUAUUCAUGUUUAUUUGUGUUUCUAAUUUAUACUUUAAGUUUAUUUGUAAAAAGUUAAAAGAGAGUGGGUCUCUGUGGCCUUCACUGAGGUUCACUCUGGCAUCCUUUAGCAUUUUUCAUUUUUAAUUUCAUAACUGUAGGUCAUUAGCAUGCAUAUCGAGUUUGCCCUUACAUGGUGGGAGUUCAAACACCCAAAGACCCACUGUUUGCACAAAACUGCUCUCGCUGGUUUGGAAUAGGCUGCCAUGCUUUUUCAAUGUUAUUGCAGCAUGUAUGUUUAUUACAGAAUUCCGAUAAAAUUUGCUUAUAUUCUGCUAUUGUGUUUGAUCUAAUCUUAAUCACAGUGAGCUCUUCAUUAGCUCAAUAUGCGGUUUGCCCUCAAGUGUGCACUAUUUAUUACUUUGUAAUAUGCCACUGUGAGUACUGACAUUUAGAGUUGUUUAAAGUCCGAGAACUGGAAAUAGCCUUUCCCCCAUUUUCUGUGUAUUGGUGAUGGGAGUAACAACAUUUUGGGGGAUUUUAAAAUCUCACAGAAGAGGAAAGUGGCCUGCUCUGGCAGGUGUGUGCGGGAUAGAGUGUGUUUCAUUUGUUCCGGUGCCAAGAAUGAGCGCUGUACUAUGGUAGUUCCCUCAGGAUUUGUGUGUGCUCUGGGCUCAUGAAGAUAUUGCAUCACGAGCUGCAGCAGUUAUGCUCUUUCUCGAUGACCUAAAAAGGGAUUAUUUCUGAGGAAUGAAAGGCUCCCAUCAUUGACUGUGGAUGUGGAAAACCUUUCUUGCUUAGAACAUUUGUAUCUGUAAUACAUUUGAAAAUCAGAGUUCGUGUUACCUGUUUUAAUCACAUGACUACAUGUCCCAAUACACAAAAGGGUGCUGGCUGGCAUUCUUCUUAAUAUAUUUAGUAAAGAUCAUAAGGAAUCCCUUAAGAGUUUAAAUAUCCAUGGAACAGGCAUACAGGCUCUAGUCUAGAAUGAUUGAGAGUGAACGGAAGCAGUGUGACACCUGGCAUUCCUCUCUGUUCAUGGAGCUUCUUUGAGGCUUGAAGAUUGAUUUUACCAUCUAGACCUCUCUAGCUAAUACCUAUUCUUCAACCACCUUGGUUACUCUGACAUAGGAAUUUACUUCUUUUCCUUGAAUGGAAAACACUUUCAAAAAUAAUAACAAGCAUUAUCAUAAACUAAUAUAUGUGAGAGUACUUAGUUGAAACAGAAAGGAGUUUUAGUAGACAGUAUUAUACUAUCUUUAAAAAUCAAGGAGAACUUAAAAUGUUUACAAACUGCAGUGCAAUCUACUGUUUGUGAAUGUCAGUGUAUUAUCAGGAAACGUGUCUGUACAAUCACAGAGUUGUAUUUCCUCACAAACUCCUUUACUAAGGGUGAAAAUUUUUUUGUACCUCUCAGUUUCAGUUAGGGACAUAUUUUGUACAAUAUUUAUGUGAUUGUGCCUAUGCAUGAUGAAUGAAUGAAUUUCAGUCACACAUUGCCUAAGUCAUAACUUGGUGAUGCUUGGGAAAGAAUCAACCGUUAAAACUUCAUGAAGUUCUAAUGUUUGUGUUCCAAAACAUGUCACCUUAUUAGGAUGUACGGAGCUAUGUACGUGUGCUCCCUGGAGUGGGGAUUUCCUGGUUACGAGAUCUCCAUUUUUAGCAUUUGGCAUCCUCAUGAUACUUUUAUAAAUAUGACAGUAACAGGAGAGCAACAAUACGAUUUUACCGAUGGAAUAACAGAUUUCCCUGCAUUCACUGAAAGGAGUGCAAAUAUCGGGUCCUUGUGACUUCAACUGACUCUUCCAAAUUGUAUGAAUGUAGCAAUGUAUUAGAUAAGCCCAGUUUCAGAAUGAUAAAGAAAAAAUGUUAGACCAAAUGCGACUAAUUAACAGUGGUACAAUUGCUAGCCCGUGGGUUUAAAAUGGACUGAAAUUCCACUCUUUGUGUAGUUAUUUGUCAUAUAUUUAAGAAAAAGCUAAAAAGAAUGGAAAUGGUAUGACAAUAACAUAAGUCUUCAAAGUGCAUUCAGUCUUUUGCGAUACCUCAUUCAGCCAAGUAUUUGUGCUCUUCCUCAUUCAGUGUAAGGCAGCUUUCAAUUUGCUUAGAAGGCAACAUUGGAAGGUUAGAGUUCAUCAGAAACAUAGAAUUUUAAAAUGUGAGUUCAACUGAAUAAAUUUGAAAGUAUUUGAUUAAACCUGAUAGGUUUUCCAGAAAUGGAAAAAACUCAGCUCUAGAACUUUUCUAAGCUGUUUUUUAGAAAAUUUGAAAAUGUAAAUCAGCCCUAUCCAUAAUAUAGUUUCUCUAAAACUUUAUCUUAAAGAGUCAUUUUAAAAUAAUAUAACUAUUAAAAAAUGUAACUGCUAUCUUAAUGUUCUGAAAUAAGUUAAAACAUUUUAAAAUAUGAACACUGUAGUUUAAAAGAACGAAACGGUGGGAAGGAAAAGUAGAGAAAGAAAUGCCAAUUCCAGCCCAAAGCUUUAUUUGCCAAGUUUUCUUAGAAUGAAUUUUACCAAUUUAUGAAUUCUUGUAAACAGAAUUUAUAAUGGAAAUACUGAAAGACUUUUCCCUAAAGUGACAUUGUUGACUGCUGGUGUGAUGCUACUCUAAUGUAAUAAAUGAUUAAAUUGUUGCAAAGUGCU